ACGGGCUUCGGUCCCCCGCGCCACCCGCGCGAUGGGCUCCGAGGUGGCUCAGCUGCUGGAGGCUGCUGACUUCGCCGCUCGCAAACACCGGCAGCAGCGACGGAAAGAUCCCGAAGGGACUCCCUACAUCAACCACCCCAUCGGUGGGCGCGCCGGUGUGGCCCGGAUCCUAACCCACGAGGCGGGAAUCACUGACAUUGUGGUGUUACAGGCGGCCCUGCUCCACGACACAGUAGAAGACACAGACACUACCCUGGAUGAGGUAGAGCUGCACUUCGGAGCCCAGGUUCGGCGCUUGGUGGAGGAAGUAACAGAUGACAAGACUCUACCCAAACUGGAAAGAAAGCGGCAACAGGUGGAGCAGGCACCCCACAGCAGCCCAGGGGCCAAACUGGUGAAACUGGCAGACAAACUAUACAAUUUGAGAGACCUGAAUCGCUGCACCCCUCAAGGGUGGUCAGAACAGCGAGUCCAGGAAUACUUCGAGUGGGCAGCACAGGUGGUGAAGGGGCUUCAAGGAACGAACCAGCAACUGGAAGAGGCACUAAAGCAGCUGUUUGAGGAGCGGGGGCUGACUCUCUGAGCGGUGCUUGGUGACAUCCUGUAGCCUGGCUCCAGCGAGGCCCGAGCACGAUGAAAUUCUUCCUGCAGCGUUCUAACAUUCCUCACUCAGCUCAUACAUUCCAGGCUAAAAACGUCUGCAUUUUCUAACUCAACUGAGCGCCAGAUAUGGACAUCAGAUUUACCCAUCCCUCCGUGUACAAGUCUUGGGUCUGUUUGCUAUUUUUCACGGUGGGACUUCUGGCCCCUCAGGGAUUUAGGAUUGCGUAAGCUUUGGCUUAUAAACCAUGGGAAAUAAAGAACUUAGGGUAAAACUUAAA